UGUUGCAACAUGCAGCAACUUCAAAUACGGAAAGGACUGGAAAGGAUUUAUCGGGAUAAGGAUUUGAAAUUAUGGGCUCAGUACUCAUGAAGGAUGACUAACACUCACCUGAGCAGAGACUGAUCUACUGUGGCCAUAGGAUGGGAAAAAGUGUAAUAGUAGCCUAUGCCCUGUGGGCAAUAGGUGGACCUGUGGGCCUUCACCACUUGUAUUUAAGAAGAGACAGCCAUGCUCUCUUAUGGAUGCUAACCCUGGGAGGGUUUGGGUUUGGCUGGGUUAGAGAGCUCAUACGUAUCCCUGCGUAUGUUGGUGAGGCCAAUCGAGAUGCAGAGAGUGAGAGAAAAAGACCCCCUAUCGUGGUCCCUCCACCUGUAAGCCCUGUCAGAUUUGCUGGUCAGGUGUGCGUUGGGAUCUACUUUGGCACCGUGGCUCUGAUAGGACUGAACUCCCUCAGCUUCUUCUACUUGAUCGUUCUGCCUUUAUGUGUGGGUGCAGGGGUACAUCUGGUCUCCAGUGUUGGCCAACAGACCUCCGACCUCCAAAAAACCUUGACUGCUUGUCUCAUAACUUCCCCAAUCUUCUAUGGCAGCACCUUGUCCCCUCUUCCUAUUAGCCUGGCUGCCAGUGUCACUGCUACCCAGCACCGCAGGUUCAAACCACAACAGACACAUCGGAGCACACAGGAACUAGGUCCUCGGCUUUACAGGCUCGGUCUAGCUUGGCUGGCCUUCUCUGCGCCGCUGGGUUACUGUAUUUUCCAUAACACCACAGCCACACUGUACUACCUGUCUGACUGUGUGGCAGCAUUGUUGGAUAUUUUCUGGUUUCUGCCUUGGCUCAGAAGUGUGUUGGAGUACAUUCUUUUAAUGCCAUAUCGGAUUUUGUGUGUUUUUACUGGAGGGGGAUUCUACGAAGAGACUUGGAGGAAGGUGCUAGAAAUAUUGCUCAAAGAGUACACUGAGAGAGAGAAAGAGGCUCUGCAGGUAUUGUCAUUGGAAGCUGAAGCUUCUCUUGAAGAGAUAACUCGAAGCUAUAGGGAGCUGGCCAAGACAUGGCAUCCGGACCACAACCCCAGGGAGGACGCUGAGGCAAUGUUUGUGAAGGUCCAAGAGGCUUAUGAGAUCCUUCUACGGCGGCACAGACCCCAUCGAUUCAAAUAGCUGCUCUUUCUUUCUCUCUGUGUUGACUAGCCUCAAUAGUUGCAAGGGCAAAGGGAUGUGAGACUCUUGAUUGCAUUGUUUUUUCAGUCAUCAUAGUCUAUUGGAGCACAAAUCAUGGAGCAUAAAUCAAGAUCAUGCACAGAGAUUUGCAGUGUGUUGACAUUAUCACUUGUUAAAAAUUUACAGCCACUUGUCACACAGCAUUUUAACAGCUGUGUGAUUGGUUACUUGGCAGUUUGCUGCCACCUUGUGGCACUACACGUGUAACGUCACCAUAAACUAUUUAAUCUCAAUUUGACUUGUGUUUUAAUGUCCGCUUGCUCGCUAUUAAAAGCUGAACUACCACUG